AUGUCGCGUAUCUCUCAACCCCUGAAGAAGCCCUCCGCUCACAGAACCCAGUCAGAGAUGCUGAAGGACUACCUCGCCAGCGGCCCCAACGUGACAGAGAGACUCGUCCACAGCGACAUCUUGCCACAGAGGACAAUGGAGGAACGGCUCAGGCAGAAAGCAGACGACGUAGCUGAUCUGGUGAAGCAAAGCAGGGGUGCCAGUGGCGGGUCGUUACGCUCGGCGUAA